GUGCGGAUCCGGAUGCGUCUGCCUGUCUGUGUGCAGUGGGUGCAAUUUCGUGAAAACACAAUGGAUACGGAUCGAUGCAGCGUACGCGCUGCGUACAGCCGCAUGGGCAGCAGUCGACGAACGGCGGCAUGUUACAGCGAGUCGCCCUGCACCCCGAAGCAGGCACAGCUGGAAGUAGGGCUAAGCGUUAAGCCAUGUCGACGACCGCCGCUGGCCGGGCAGCAGCAACAGCGACCGACCGGCGACGAAGAUGAACGCCGAAGGAAGCGAAGAAAAUGCUGCACCAUCCAUCUACGGCAACGUAGCGAGCGAACGCAGCGCAUCAACCCACAGGCGUACGGUAUUGCCAUGGAAACGGGAAAACGGGGGCUUCUCUACAGCCCACCCCAGCGAAAGAUCGUUCAUCGGCGCAGCGCCCUGGUCAGCGCCUGCUGUGUGGGUUUGGUGUUGCUGCAUCUCGUUUCGCUGGCUGCAGCAACGCCGCUGUCGAUCAAGCCGGAUCACCACUAUUGGCAGCCGGUGGCGUCUGCGGGUCGUGCAAUGGUGCAGGAGAAUUUUGGCACAGAUGAUCAACGAUUUCAUCCUUCCAAAGAAUUCUCACACUAUGGCCGAAUCGUGCCACAGCUGCGACAUGGACGGCAUAAACGAUCCUUAACGAAUACACGCGAAGAGAACGGGCUUCACGCGUCGCAUUUAACCUUAAGUUAUACAUUAAACGAAGCUGAUGUGAUAUUAGAUUUACAACUAAACAAGCGGCUCAUCCCGGACGGACACUUUCUUAGCUAUCAGCUGCCAAACGGAACGGGCAAACACGUGAUCCGGUACAACCGUCCGGAAGAGGUAGACCUUUGCCACUAUCAGGGUAAAAUACGCGGCAAACCGGACUCGAGUGCAGCGAUUUCAACGUGCGGCGAGACGGAAGGCAUUAGAGGCAUUAUCAUCGAUACCGACGAUACGUAUUACAUAGAAAGUCCGCUAACAUCGGCCAAUGCGGCGCAAGGCAACGACAAAACGGCCAGCAUCAACCUUGGAGAGCACUUCAUUUAUCGGCACGCUGAUUUAGUUCCCGCUGGUCCGAAUGGGGACGGUCACCGGUGUGGUUACGAGGGAGGACACAUUAACGCAACGCACGAUCCUGAGCUUUACCAGCAACAUAUGGCAGCGCCACGGCGCGAAAAGCGGGCCACUUCGUCUGGGUCCUCCUCGCCAAAGAUCCGGGGCCCGUACAAUGCGAACAAGUACUCGAGCUACGUAGAGCUGGUUAUCGUGGUAGACAAUAAGAUGUUCAAGACGAUGCGCGAAAACUUCAAAACCGUCCAACAGUACUGCAAGGAUAUAACGAACAUCAUCAACGCGCUGUACGAGCCGCUAAACAUCUUCGUCGGGUUGGUGGGCGUGGUCGUCUGGAACGAGGGUGACGAGAUCGAGCUGUCCAAGGACGGUGAAGUAACGCUCAAGAACUUCCUACACUAUCGCAAGAAAACGCUCAUCAAGGACCACCCGAACGACAAUGCGCAACUGUUCACGAAGGAGCACUUCGACGGUGGUGUGGUGGGGAAAGCGCUCAAGGGUCCGAUCUGUACGUACGAGUUCUCAGGCGGUGUAGAGAUGUACCACAGCGAGAUCAUCGGUGUGCAGGCGACGACGGUUGCGCACGAGAUGGGCCACAACUUUGGGAUGGAGCACGAUACGGCCGACUGUGAGUGUCCGGAGGAGCGGUGCAUCAUGUCCGCCUCGAGCUCGUCGAUCGCACCGAAGCACUGGAGCCGGUGCAGUAUCGAUCAGCUGAGUUUGGCGUUCCAUCACGGCAUGAACUACUGCUUGAUGAACAAGCCGGAAAGUCUGUUCGAUUCGCCCGUUUGCGGCAAUGGGUUUGUGGAGGCGGGCGAACAGUGUGACUGCGGGCUGCCCGAUUACUGUGACAACUCGUGCUGCGAUCCGCGCACCUGCAUGCUCCACUCGAACGCAUCCUGUGCGACGGGCGAAUGUUGCGAUCUGCGCACGUGCAAACCGAUGAUCGGCGGUACCGUCUGCCGGCAGGCGGACGGUGAGUGCGACCUGCCGGAGUACUGUUCGGGCGAGUCCGAGUACUGCCCGGGUGAUGUGUUCAAGCGUGACACGGAAGUGUGCGAUGGUGGCAAGGCGUUCUGCUACCGUGGUACGUGCCGGUCGCAGAACGAUCAAUGCCGAUUGCUGUGGGGCCCGACGGGCAAAUCGUCCGAACAGUGCUACGUGAAGAAUGAGGACGGCAGCCGGCACGGUAACUGCGGCUACAAUCGGGUGAAGAACGAGUACGUCAAGUGCGACGGUGCGGACGUACACUGUGGCAUGCUGCACUGUCGGCAUUUGAAUGAGCGGCUCGAGUUUGGCAUGGAAUCGGUGGCAAUACUGUCGCACAGCUUCAUGACGUACAAUGGUAGUGUGAUACCGUGCCGGACGGCAAUCGUCGAUCUCGGGCUGCAGAAGGUCGAUCCGGGCCUGACGCCCGACGGUGCCAAGUGCGGCGAAGGGAAGAUGUGCCUCAACCAGAUGUGCAUGUCGGUAGAGAAGCUGCGUGCCAGUGGGAGUGGUGCUGCGUGUCCGGAAAAUUGCAACGGCAACGGCGUGUGCAACAGUGAGGGCCACUGUCACUGUGAUCUCGGGUUUGCCCCGCCGCUCUGUAACCUUGACGGGUUCGGCGGUUCACUCGACAGCGGACCGGCAAGCGAUCCAAAUGCAAUGGUCGCAUUCCGUCGAAUGAUGUACAUUUUCUUCUGCGGCGUGGUGCCGGUGUGCACCAUCUUUGCCUUCGUCGUGUACUACAUUCGCAAUGGGCAGUCGUUCAACGGCAAACGGAAACCACCACCGAAUACCUUGACCACACACAUCAAACCGGACGGUUCCCAUUCUGCCAGCUCCACGCACACGAUGCUACCAUCCUCACCGAACUCGCCCGACUCGGAUAUGAACGCGGCCCUGCUUCGCCCAUCGUCCACGAUCAGCACCACGGUCGCACCAAACGAGUCGGACUUUGUGGCCAACAACAACAUGUUCGGUAAAUUUAAAGGAUUCACCCUACAACCCCUUCCCCAGUCCACGGUCGGCGGCGCGACGGCCGUCCACAAAAAGACGCCCAAGGUGGCGUUCGUGCAGCCGGUUGCCAAGUGCAGCGAGGACACGACCAGCAACGCCGUGCCGGCCCGUGCAGCACCUCCCGUACCCGUACCGCUAAAAAUGCUAGCACGCGAUAGUAGUAAUGAUCGCAGCACCAGUAGCUUAGAUAAUGUAGCAUCAUCGUACAAUAAACCGGCAGGUAAUGGCGCUCCCUUCUCGCAAGCCCGCAUCAACGGCUGCAAGCUGGCCAACCAUGAGCACCAGCUGGACACCUCCUCGGCGCCCGCGCUGCCACCGAUGAAUCCGGGCUCCACCGCCCGGCCGAUCAUUUCCAGCCCGAUCCUCGAAUCGUCGACCGCGCGCGACCUGGUGGUGGCCGGCGUGAAGGGGCAGAAAGCGGCAUCGAACGUACCUAUACGCCCGGCACCAAUGCUGCCACCGGUGCCGGCGACCGGCGACGUUGCCGCUUCUAACGCCGCCUCCACCGGCACUCCGUCCGAAACGUCCAGCACGCUCUCCGCCGAGGUGCUGAUCAACCCGAUGAGCAAGGACAAGAAGGCGAAGGAAAGCAAACUGAACCGCAUUACGUCGUACUUGAAGAAGGAGGAGAAACCCCCCAAGCCGGAACCGAAGCAGCUGAAGGUGAUCGAUAAGGAGAAGCUGCGCAACAUCGACAUUUCCGCACCGAUCCCGAUCGAUCAGAAUAAUCCCGAGCUGGCGAAGAGUAUGCCCCGGUUGGCGGACGGCGCGAACGACGAGAAGCAACCGGCCCCCGUUGCUGCCUCGGUGCAACGUGCUAAAAGCAUGCGCGAUCCUCCGGAAUCGACCGUUGGGAAUGUUCAGCGCAAGGUGCGCAUUGUGGACGAUCGAUCCGACCGGUCGGAGAGCGGUUCGAUCGGCAGCGGAACGUCGGGGAAGAAAGGACCGGGUACGGCACUGAAGCGCCCGCAAAGUAUGGUCGGUACGCGGCCUACCAUUCCACCGCCGCGGCCACCAGUACCGGGAGCUGCUGUGCAGACGACGGCGGCCAUGAAAAUUCCCGGCUUGCCCGGCUAUCAGAAUCCCGUGCCGGCGAAAUCGGUGCGCAUUGUAGCACCGGCCGGCAGUGGAGGAGGAGCCAACGAACGGAGCGAGUAUGAUGAUUGUCGCGAUAGUGGGAACGGUACCGGCCAAUCCUCGCUAGGAUCGGACAACAUCUACUCCGUGAUCGAUGAAUCGCCCUCACCGCCGAGCAUACUGUCGCCCCCGGCCAUCUCGUCCGGCGGCAGUUCCGAAAGCAUGGGUUUGCUGGGCGAGAUCGUCAACGAAAUCGAAAGCCGUAACGGUGACUCGGUGUACAUUGCGUCCACGCUGCGCCGGGGCGAGGGUGGACAGAGCAGCAGAAAGUCUUCCUCCACCGCGAGCCAGCUGACGACGGCGGUGGUGGCACCCACCGGUCCUACAGCGACACUGGCCUCGCCCGAGCUAGAGGACGAUGAACCGACGUACGUGAACACGUCGGAGAUUAUCGACGACGAUGAUGAUUUCGACGCGACGGACGAUGACGAUCUGGACGAUGAGCAUCCGGUGCCGAAUCGCAACUCGGGACUAAGCACCACGUCAAGUGGCUACCUGCGUCCGUCCGCGAUCAACAGCACGCCGGUCGCGCGGAUAACACCGUCCACUGGGAAUGGGACUGGGACGGAGAAGGCUGCUCCCGCGUCAGGGGUAAGCAGCUUCAAAUCCACUGCCCCUUCAAACGCCACCACUCGCGCAACCAACGGUACGGGCAGCGUGUUGAAUCAGCUAAAGUUCCAAGGACCCGCCGCAAAGGAUGCGCCGAAAAAAGCAACUGGCAGUGCCGCCACGUCCAACGGCACCAACGGCCAAUCGUCCUACAAACCGUACCACAGCGUGCUGACGAACAAUGCGCGCGCUGGUUCGGUGGUGGCUGCCGCCAAAGCGAAAAUAGCCGCGGAAAAGUCUAGUUCAACCACUCCCGCGACCACCACCACCAACAACACCACCACCAAAAAGCUGCCUUCACAAGCGAACGCAUCCGUCCGCACGCGCACUCCUUCGCCCCGGGGAAGCAUUGCCAACGGGACCCUUCCGAACGGCACGGUGCCGGGCAAGGGAACGGCCACCACGACGACGGCAGGCACAAAGCCGAAAACGGCCGCCAAACCAACGGCGGCCGCCAUCGGCAAUGGGAAGCUUCUAACGGCGGCCGCACGGCCUGGUCCGGGCAAAGUUUCCAACGUGGCGUCGCUGCAGCAAAAGUUUGAAAGUAAAAAGUAGGAAUGUCCCGGAUGCAGGGACGCAAAGCAAAGCAAAGCAGCAGACACAAACCAUGUUCCUUUCGCGAAGGAUUCGGAUGCUCUCCCCCCAAGAACUGCCGUAAGAAUGUUGUGCUGAGCGCGUUAAUCAGUAGCUUUUAAUCAUGCCGACGAUACACGAGUACACUAAUUCCGUGACCGAAAACAACUAGUUUUGCAGAGCGUUUUGACGAAAACGGCAAAGGCGAAUAGAUUUUUUUUGUAAUAUAACAAUUAUUUAUACUUUGCGUCCGUUAGGAUGCACAGGUGGUACGAACUUCGAUAGGACCAAUCAAUUUGUUAUAUUAAUUAGAGUGUCCCCUUGGAAGUCCAGUCGAGCGAUUUUGAAUCGAUUCCCAAUGGAGGGUUGUUUUGCUUGGCCUCCUUAUCAUAAUGCAAAACUGAAGCGUGGCGUGUGUGUAAAUGUAUUGAUGUGUUCAGUAAAGUGUGCUACGAAGGCGCCAAAGAAAUGCAAUCCAAUCGGUGCACCGCGGUGAGGAGAAAGAAGGGCGAAAGAGAACGUUCGUAAAGAAAUGUCGUCAAAUAGGGUCAAAUCUUAGUGAGUGUAUUAGUGGAUGGAUCUAUUUUGUUAAAGAUAUGGUCAUACAAUCAAAACAAAAAGGUCUUUGGUCUCGUAAAAUCUGUAAAUAAUCUAAACAACAGCGGUGGUGUAAUGUUGUUCGUAAUCGGAUCGUGUUAUAGGUGUGUUGUUUAGCUCCACUAAAGUUCACCGGAAACAUUGAAUUAUAUUGGACGGAUAUAAUAAACACACGCAUACACCCGGGAUGGUGAAUAAGUAUAGGUAGGGAGAUGAAUUAAAAGUUCCCAAACACGCUUUUGCUAAACACUGUUCGUCAAACACAUCGCAGAAAAGGGGGAUGUUGGAGGCAUUGUAUUGUACACUCGGCGAUUGAUUCGACUGGCCAGGAAGAGAUAGCUUUUAGGAUGGCUGGACUUCUUACGAUAGGUAUUUAAUUUCUUCCUCCUUCCCAUUUCCCUCCCCCAUUCAUACCCCCUCGGGAACGAAGUGAAGUUCCAUAUUACAUUAUUUUGCGUAGUAGCGAGACAGUUCUAUCGAAAGACGGUGAAGCUAUGGUUUAAUAAAAAAACGAAAGAUGUCUUUUUUAUACUCAAAAA